AUACUACACAACCCUCUCUCUCUCCACAUUUACAAAUCUCUCUCCCUCUCUCUCUCUCUCUCAUCUCUUUCUUGCUCAACUUUGAACUCAACUUGAUAUCUGUGUUUGUACAGUGUAUAUACAUACUAUAUAUCUGUAUAUACCUAAUUCAGCUCACAAUUACAUCAACUAAGCCUCGCUACGACGUCGUUCUCAAGCUUACCAAUGGCCAAUCGUGGCUAUAAAUUACAGGAGAUUGUGGCUCAUUCAGGGAAUGUAAAUUGCUUAAGUCUUGCGAGAAAGCAGCGCGGCUUAUUUAUUACUGGAGGUGAUGAUCAAGUAGUUAAUCUUUGGUCUAUUGGCAAAUCAGCUCCUUUAGUGAACUUAUGCGGUCACACAAGUCCAGUAGAAUCCGUGGCCUUUGAUCCGGGCGAGGAAUUUGUAGUUGCUGGGGCUUCUGCCGGUGCUCUAAAGCUGUGGGAUUUGGAACAAGCAAAGAUGGUUCGCAAUUUUGACGGCCAUAGAUCCUACUGUACCGCUGUUGAAUUUCAUCAGUCUGGUGAAUUUUUUGCAUCUGGUUCGAAGGACACUAAUCUAAAGAUCUGGGAUAUAAGAAAAAAAGAACGCAUUCACAUGUAUAAGGGCCAUGUAAGAGGAAUCAGUACUGUUAGAUUUAGUCCUGAUGGUCGUUGGCUAGUCUCUGGCGGACUUGACAAUGUUGUGAAGAUAUGGGACCUUACUGCUGGAAAACUAUUACACGAUCUCAAACUUCACGAGGGACAUAUACGUUCUAUAGAUUUCCAUCCGAUGGAGCUUCUUAUGGCAACAGGUUCAGCCGACAAAACAGUGAAAUUCUGGGAUUUGGAAACCUUUGAACUAAUUGGGUCUUCACGACCAGAGUCUUCAGGAGUACGAUCAAUCGCAUUUCACCCUGAAGGGAAAACCUUAUUCUCUGGACUAGAUGAUUGUUUAAAGGUUUAUUCUUGGGAGCCUGUAGUUUGUCACGACACAGUUGAUCUGGGAUGGUCAACACUGCGUGAUCUGUGCAUACAGGAUGGUAAACUUUUGGGUGGCUCAUGUUAUCAAAACUCUGUAGGGAUUUGGUUGACAGAUACAUUGCUUGUAGAACCAUACAGGGGCUGUUCUCUAGCAGAGACAAAUAAUGCGUGUGAGCAAGUGCAUGACAAGUUCCAGGUUCUGUCAGUGCAAAAGGCGGGGAGGUUUGGAAGGUCAAGUUCAAGUUCAAGUUUGUGCUGUACAAUUUCAGAUAAUGAGGACAAAGAGGUUAAGAAUAUUUAUGUCGAUACUGCAGGAGAGCAUCCUGUCCCUGCUAUGAAGGUCGGGUCUAUUAAGUCAUCGAAUAUAUUCAGCUCAUCCAAUACCAAGGAUCUAAAUAAAUCUCGCACUCCGAAAGAGGCUCCCACAGUUGGUUCGCAAUUAAAACCUAUUGGUCAAACAAUAGCUAAUUCGUUUAUUGUUCCUAGUGUUGUCCCUCGGGAAAGCUCUGAUGGGAAGGAAGCCUCCAGAUCACGGAGAGAAUCAAUUAUUAGUGCAAAAGCCGAUGUUGGUAUGUAUGACAAGUUGUCUCAUAUAAGCAAGCCAUCAAAUGCUAAAUUAGAUGUCAAGGGCCCCCCAUUUGUUGAUGAACUUGACUCCUUCAGCAACAUAAAAGGUUCAUUAGAAAGUACAGGAGACUUAAAACUCCAUAGCAGGCCGGUAGCAGAUGAUUCUAAUGAAUCCUGUCAGGAAAAACCUUCAAUCAAGAUUAUCACCGAGAACUCUGGAAAGCUAAUGUCAGCAAUACCUCCUAAUCAGGAAAAGGGUAAUGAGUCACUCAUUGAUAGCAAAGGAGUAAAGCCUGUUAGAUAUGUCAAUGGAGUUGCCGUUGUGCAUGGAAGGACACGGAGCCUGGUUGAGCGGUUUGAAAGGAAAGAGAACUCUAGCCUUGAACUUCAAACACAUGACCCAAUCCCUCAAGCACUUUCUGAGACAUCUCAAGCAUCCAGUGUUUUGGUUGAUGUACCUCUGAAGGUGAUGCCUGAUGCCUCAAAAGCAUCCACCCCUGUGAUUGAUUCGAUUUCUCAAGUAAUACCUGAUAAAGCCAAAAAACCCACCAUUGUGAUUGAUUCACCUCCUCGGAUAAUACAUGAUAGAGCCAAAGCACCCACCAUUGUGGUUGAUGUGCCGUCUAGUAUAACACCUAAUACAGAAGAUGCAUCCACCAUUGUUGUUGAUUCACCUCCUCGAUUAAUACCCAGUAGAACGAGAGCAUCCACAACAGUGGCCGAUACACCUCUGAUCACACCUGAUACAGCUGAAGUAUCCACCAUUCCAGUUAGUUUACCCACUCGAUCAAUACCAAAUAAAGCGAAAGCAUACACAGCAGUGGCUGAUUCACUUGCUCGGACGAUACCUGAUACAAUUAAAACAUCUACAAUUGCAGUUGAUUCACCUCCUCUGUUAAAACCUAAUAGAGCAAGAACAUCCACAGUAGUGGCGAGUUCACCUCCGCGGGUAGUACCUGAUACAGCCCAAGAAUCUCCCGUUGCAGUUGAUUCAACUCCUCCAUUAAAACCUAAUAGAAUGAGAGCAUCCACAAUAGUGGCGAAUUCACCUCCUCGGGUAGUUCCUGAUACAGCCCAAGCAUCCACUGUUGCAGACAAUUCCCCACCUCGGUUAAAAUCUCAUAGAGCAAGAGCAUCCACAGUAGUUGCUGAUUCACCUCCUCGGAUAAUACCUGAUACAGUCAAAGCACCCACCAUUGCAAAUAAUGGACCACCAAUUUCAAGAACUAAUAGAGUGAGAGCAUCCACCAUAGCUGUUGAUGCACCUCCUCGUGUACCCAAUACAACAAGAGUAUCCACCUCUGUCAAAAGGUUUAGCCGACCUAAUUCGGCACCUCACUUGGCAACUGAAAGACUUGAAGCUUCCCCUAUGAAUAGUCAACCACGGUCGAUUAUGAGGGAAUCAAUGUUUCGCAGUGUUGAUGAUGUCCCGGAAGAUCUGUUGAAAAAUCAUAAUGAAUUCUUGAGUAAUCUCCGAUCUCGUUUGACAAAGUUACAGGUGAUGAGACAUUUUUUAGAACGCAACGAUAUCAAGGGUGCUAUAAAUGCCAUGCAAAAGCUGCCUGAUCAUUCAGUACAAGCAGAACUAGUAAGUUUACUAGUUGGUAACAUGGAUGUGGUCACUUUAGAUCUAUUCUCAUGCCUGCUUCCCGUGCUUUCUGGCUUACUGGAAAGCAAGGCAGAAAGGCAUGUUAGUGUUGCAUUGGAGAUGUUACUGAAGCUUGUAGCAGUCUUUGGACCUGUAAUACACUCGACCAUUUCAGCACCCCCGGGUGUUGGUGUCAAUAUUCAAGCAGAACGAAGACUUGAAUGCUGCCGUAAGUGCUCUAUCCAGCUCCAACGAGUACAGAAAACCCUUCCUGCAGUUAUAAGGAGGGGUGGUAUCCUAGAAAAAAGUGCUCAGGAACUAACUUUGGUUCUGCAAGACUCUUAAUUUGUUUUUAAAUGCGCGCCUCCCAUUCAGUCAUGUCCGUCGAGGAAGAUUGGCAAUUGCACCAAGCAGGUUGCAGUAUAGAGAAUUGCCCUCUACAGAUAUUGAUCUCACAAUUUUGUCUUGUUGAUUAGCGGAUGCAUACUUACAAUCCCGUUCUAUUCAAGUGAGAAGCAAAUUAUGAAAGCUACAUCUUUUCUAGUCAAGUUCUCCCCGUGGAUAGGUGGAUGAGUUGUUGCAGUCUUCUACUUUUGACUGUUGUAUAUGGAUAUCCAGAAUGAGGAUGACAUGUACAUUGUAGCGAGAUAGUACAAUACAGACAUUCAGUCGAUGAACUGAAUACAUAGGAUAUAGUUCUCCUGCUCCAUUAUAAAUCUGCAAGUCAAAUUUACUGGUAAAAGGCUUUGAUCUCAAGAGGCAUUCCUAGUACCUGGAGUUGCAUCAUAUACACCCAUGUAUGUAGUCAUUUUGACAUUAAUAUAAGUUGAAGUGAUUCAGUUGA